UGGGCAAAGCUACUCAAAUUCAUCCGAUUUUAGCAUGUCGACUCUGUCUCUCCUUCAGUUGAAAAAUGCUCGUGCUCCCUCUUCAGGGUGUUAGCAUUUGAAACGAACGGAUUAUAUUGCUCACUGCUUCUUCUUCAAACCGUUUUACCCACAUUAUGGAGAAAUGUUCUUUUUCAUAUGUCAAGUGAUAUCUAGCGAUAACAAGUGAAAGUGAAAAGUAAACAAGUUCUGUUCUGUGCAGUGACUGUGACGGAAUUUUGCAACAGCGGUUUAAUUGCUAUUUUGGAAAAUUUGUUUCAUUAUUUUUGAUUUUUUUGUUUUAUUUUGUUUUAUAUAAAAUGUCUUCGAGCAAUGACAGUAAUAUUUACCGGCGACGAAAGCGCAAUUUGGAGGAAUUGGAGCAGCAAACCGACGCUGAGUGGAGCCAGCUAUCAUUUAAGACCAGACCAGAUGGAUCCAUAGAAAUUCCUUGGCCAAAUAUGUCAAGUGACGAACCCGUAAAUACUAACAAUGGUGAUGGUGAAAGUGCUAACAAUUUUUUGGAAGGUGAUUUUGGUACUAACAUAGACGAUAAUGUAGGUAGUUUGGGUAUGGAUAGUGAUCACCUGGAUGCCGAUCGUGACGGUGAUGAUAAUAUCACAGCAGGUUUGGGGACUGCUUACAGUUUCUUAGAGAAAUUGACAGGGACAGAAGCUCUAAGAUACUGGGCAAUUUUGGGAAACCUGCCGCGAUCGUCACUUAAUAUGCUUCUGGCGAUCUUAAGGCAUCAUUUCAACAUAGAUGUUCCAAAAGAUUCGCGGACAUUCCUCAAAACCCGCACCCGGACCGGUUUGGAAAUUCAAUCGCUCGCGGGUGGACAAUUCUGGUAUCAAGGGAUUGAGACGGUCCUGCAACAACAUUUUCGAAAUGUCAUUCCCGAAGAAGACCUUUUUACGAUUCAAGUGUCUAUCGACGGGCUUCCACUCUUCAGAAGUUCACAACGGCAACUGUGGCCGAUACUGAUAAGGGUGGAAGAAUUGCGAGAGGCUCCGGUUAUGCUUGUCGGUUUCUAUAGUGGACUGGAAAAACCGGAGCUGGUGGAAGAAUAUUUUCGGCCACUAGUGUUGGAGAUCAAUGAUCUUCAACAAAGAGGCUUGCAGUUCGGCAACAAGCUAGUGCGUUUCGCUUUAAGCAUAUUUGUUGCCGAUUCUCCAGCGCGAGCGUUUGCUAAAGCAACUGCAAACUUUAAUGCAAAGCAUGGGUGUUUAAAGUGUUCCAUUGUUGGGGAAUACAUCAAACCGGAACGCAAAGUUAUAUUUGAUUCCGUGAACGCCGAGUUGCGUACGGACGCCGGCUUCAGACAACGAGUGGACAAAGAUCAUCAUAAAGAAUGGCGGACACCAAUCGAAGAUGUGGACAAUUUUGAUAUGAUACGCGGUUUCGUUGUUGCCGACCGCGUUCACCUGAUUGAUUUGGGGUGUACCAGAUUAUUUGUCCAAGGGUUUUUAAAACGAAAAUUUAAAAAGUUUUGUAGAUGGUCACCCCAACAGAAGGAAGCUGUAUCUAAAUUUAUGGUGCAGAUUCGGCUUCCUUCGGAAGUGAACCGUCCUGUACGGUCUUUCCUAUAUGUCCGUUUUUGGAAGGCAACCGAAUACCGGUCCUUCCUUCAUUAUAUUAGUGUUGUGGUCUGGAGGGAUUUUUUUACAAAUCAGCAAUAUAAUCACUUCUUGUGCUACUACUGCGGUGUGACGAUUUUUUCGUCCUCGGCACACCAGCGAUUAUGGCCUCUUGCUGAAAAGCUCCUUACACAUUUUGUGAAGGAGUUUCGCAAGUAUUACGGUCGAGCCUAUCUAACUAGCAAUGUCCACAAUUUGAUACACGUGGCAGGAGAUGUUGCAAAUUGUGGACCGCUUGAUAAUUUUUCCACAUAUGCGUUUGAAAAUUAUCUUCAGAUAAUCAAACGGUAUGUGAAAUCGGGCACACGAGUAGCAGCACAGGUGGCGGCCCGGAUGCAAGAAAUUGCAUCUAUUGAAGUGGCUGCCAAUCGUACUGUUCUUACUUAUCCCCAGUUGAAGGAAAAUGGUGCUGGUCUACUCGUAGCCGCUGAUUUUAUCCUGCUGCCGAAUUUCAAAGAUCAAUGGUUCUUAACCAAAGAUCAUGGCAUUGUGAAGUUUUUGGAAGUAAAGAAAUUGGAUUCUUUACUUUACGUUAUAACUGGAAUCCAGUACGAGUACUGCACGGAGUUGUUUAGUUUGUCAGUAGACGAUCCAGCUAUCCAACUGUCGUCUACUGACUUAAACAUUUAUAAAAUUAAAGAAUCUUCUCCGCGCAGGAAGGUGGAAGUACCGCAUUAUAUGAUAUUUUGUAAACUUGUAUCGUACUAUCUACCUCCUUCCUCUCUUGCCCUACGACCUCCCAAUCCUCCUUUAGAUUCUGAUACUAUCGCUUUGUUUCCUCUUCUGCACACUUUUCAAACUGACACAGAUUUCAGCUCCAACUAAUAUUUUUCAUCUAACUUUCGACUAAUACUUUUAUUUUUCAGUAAAAUAGGCUGUACUUCCAUCACUCUACUGGAUGUUUGUUGCCCGAUUCAUGGUAGGACGACCGUUUUUACCGCUUUGUGCGUUGUAAAGCUCUCAGUGGGCAUUUAGGUUAAGCAUAUUUAUAACAUGGGUAGUUCAGUGGAGGUAAGGUGUAUCAUAUAGCGAAGGGGAGGGAAAAUGACCACUGCAGAUACAUAGCUUUAUGUUUGCCAUGCGGGCCCCCAUGCUUUGCAAUGCUCGCGUUUCCGUAAGCCUUUUACUAGCGAGCCGCUGUGUCCUCGAGAUCACUACGUUUAGGGUUUGAUUAAAUGCUGUACUUUGGUUUUGGGUAUAAUUGUUGGCUGGUU